CUUUACUAACUCCAAUAUUUCCCACUCUUUAGCCACCCCUUGGAGAAAAGAGACACACAAGCAACUCUUUUACUCGUCAUGGGAAAUUAUAAAUUUAGAUUAUCAGAUAUGAUGCCAAAUGCUUGGAUUUACAAACUCAAAGAUAUGAGCAAAGUCAGCAGCAAAAGCAAAGGCCAUAGCCACACCACCUCAUCUUCAUCAACAUCAUCACAACACUCAUCAUUAAAUCUACAACCAGACAAAAAAAGACAACCACCCCACAAACUCUGUUGCCAAAGAAAAUCAUAUUACAUUUCAAGAAACCUCAAUCCAUCUGAAACAUUCCCACAUAAUCCUGUCUCUUCUAACUCCCCAAAAGCCUCUGACAAUUUCCAUUUCACUGAGCCACCCAGAAGAUCUUCCACAAAAAAGCGCAGUGUCAAUAGGAGGAGAAACUCAAGUUCUCCCAAACUUGUCACUUCCUCUGUAUCAGCUAGUUGUAGUGGUCGCGCGUCUAUUAAAUCUGUUUGGACUAAAGCUGAUUCUAACACCCCUGAAGAAUAUCCAAAUUCACCCCAUUCCUCCUCGUCCUCGUCCAUGUCCUCGUCCUUGUCCCUAUCCUCUGACAAAAUCCAGGCACCCAAAAAACUAGACCCCGUGACAUCAAUUUCACCGUCUUGUAUCAAAGAUACAGACAAUCUUGAUCAGAAGUUUCAUUCAAUUUCCAAAAUUGAUCUCCCCCCUAUCAUAACCAAGUCUGAAAAAUUCGACCAAAAUCAGAUUAUCAUAAAACAAGAACAGAGCAUUGCGCGAAGAGCAUCAAGUGGCGUGAAGCUGAGAACAAAUUCACCAAGAAUAACAAACUGCAGAAAAAUUCAAGCAAGCAGGAAGAGUGUUUCAUCAAGAAGGACAAGCGUUACAGAAAGUUUUGCAGUUGUGAAAUCGUCACGAAAUCCACAAAAAGAUUUCAGGGAAUCAAUGGUGGAAAUGAUAGUGGAAAAUAAUAUAAGAGCAUCAAAGGAUUUGGAAGAACUUCUUGCUUGUUAUCUUUCAUUAAAUUCAGAUGAAUAUCAUGAUCUCAUCAUCAAGGUGUUCAAGCAAAUCUGGUUCGAUAUCACUAAGUAUUAGUAAUUAAUUUCAUUUUAUCGUAUAUAGUAUAAUAUGUAUGUGUAUAAUUAAGUUUUUAAAAAAUCCACCACUAAAGAGCAUGGUGGACGUUCAAAUUAGACUUGCUCAAACUGAGGUUCGGACAAUAAAUGCCAAAGAAAAGGUGUAUGCAUGACAUAUGUGACGUCUCUAGGCCCUUAAUCAAGGGUGUCGCAUGAGUGACAUAUGUGAUGUCUCUAGGCCCUUAAUCAAGGGUGUCGGAUUAGACUUGUGCAAAUUGAGGUUCGGACAUUGAAUGCGUGAACGAAAGAAAAGUACAAAAUCCAAAUCUUGUUGUAAUGAAAAGAUUUGUUAUGACUAUGACGUGAUUUUGUACGUGUAUGUAUGGGUUAGUGUUUGUCUGUUGGAGAUAAGUGGUAAAAGUCUUGGUGCAAACGAACCUCACCUUCGUCGGAAUAGUUUAUUACAUUAUUCUGUCAAUUAUGAUCACCUAUUGAAUGCUAUUAAUUGUUCCAAUAUUCUUAUUUUCUUUA